AUGCCCCUCACAGAAGUCCUGGGCUACAUCGUCCCAGAGCUGAGCGCCCAGUCUCUGCGACAGGCAUCGAGGUCAGCCAGGGUCUCGGAGCAGCUGCUCAAGCUCCAUGGACAAGGGCUGAGCUUGGAGCACAAACCUGGGAGCCUUUAUGACAAAGCAGCCAGAACACGAGGCGGAGACCUGACGGUGAUCAACUCAACCGACUUGAUUUCCAAGCAGGGCCAGGGGCCCCACAGCCUGACGACUCAGUGCGUGACUGGCGAGUACUGGACUGCCAGCCACUGCUGUAAGGGCUGCCCGGCCGGCCAGUAUGUCAGUGAACCGUGCAGGAGCCCGCACACCCAAGGCAAGUGCAUGAAGUGUGACAGAGGGACGUUCACAGCGUUCCCCAACGGCCUGGAUUCCUGUUUCCCGUGCGACACCUGUUCCCAAGACAAAGAAAUGGUGGCGGAGUGUAAUUCGACCAGCAACUGGAUAUGCCGGUGUAAAACGGGCCAUUUCUACCAGCUCCCGGACUCGUAUGAAUUCUGCAGACGGUGCAGCACCCACGAAACCGUCCCUGCUACAGAGCAGGAGUUGCCACAGCUGCAGGCUCAGCCAGGAUCUGGAACAGGAUCUGACAGUGACAAGUCAGAACCAGAGCCCGAGAAGGGAGGUUGCACAGAGGCAUCCACACACAAGCCGGUCAGUAAACCAGAACAGAGCCGGCGUGAAAGGAGGCACGGGGGCUGUGUGCAAAGUGGGCCUUCGACAGGCUCCAGGGUCACUCGGGUCACUGUAUGGAAAUCCGAGUAUAUCCUCUUUGUCAUCACGAAACCAGAGGCCUACAUAGUUUUCGGGGAAGCAAAGAUGGAGGGUUUCUCAGCAAGCACAGUAGCAGCUGCUGAGAAAUUCAGAGUUCAAGGUGAAGCUGUCUCCAACACUCGGGGAAACACACAGACUCCAGCUGUACAAGAGGACAGCGAAGAGGGUGGUGAAACAGGUGUGGACGUGAAGGACUUAGAAUCAGUCGUGUCACAAGCAAACGUGUGGAGAGCAGAGCCGGCCCCAGUCCUGAGGAACGUCGGGAAUGGCAGUGUAAGUGCUGUGAUGGAAUUACCGGUGUACGUCACAGCCCAGGCUUGUCACAACUCAGCUUUAUUCCACACGUAG